AUGCCUUCAAAUCUUAUACUACAAAGAAUCAAGGAUACCCCUACAACCACUGCCGCCGCCGCAUAUAAACAAGUCCAACAGCUCCAAAGAUGGACGCCGUGCACCACCGAAGUCCCCGACCACAUAGCCCGCUACCACACCCACACAGUUAGCCCUAACCAGUGCUGCUCCGCCGUGAUUCAAGAAAUAUCGGCCCCCGUGUCCACCGUCUGGUCCGUCGUCCGCCGCUUCGACAACCCGCAGGCCUACAAACACUUCGUCAAGAGCUGCCACGUCAUUGUCGGAAACGGAAACGUGGGCACUCUCCGGGAGGUCCACGUCAUAUCGGGUCUCCCGGCCGUCAGCAGCACCGAGCGCCUCGAGAUCCUCGAUGACGAACGUCAUGUUAUGAGCUUUAGCGUCGUUGGUGGCGAUCACCGCCUUGCGAACUACCGCUCCGUCACCACCCUCCACCCGGUGGCCAACGGCGGUGAAGGCACGGUGGUCAUUGAAUCAUACGUUGUUGAUAUACCACAAAGUAACACUAGGGAAGAUACAUGCGUUUUCGUGGACACUAUUGUUAAAUGUAACCUCCAAUCCCUAGCUGAGAUCGUCGAGAAUAUAGCCAGACCAAACAUUUCCUCAUAA